AUCCCAAGUAUGACCGCAACCCACAAGCGAUAUUUAUGAAGCCUGACAAAACGUAGAAAAGCAAAAGAAAACCUUAAUUAAUGUUAAGUUAAAAGUGUACAAACCGGAGAUUAAGUGCAAGGAUGUCGAAACGGAGCGCCGACGACGCCAGCGGGAGCAGCUGCUUGGUGGCUGCUGCAGCCGCCGGCCAACCGCCUAUCAAGAAGGUGCACUUCGAGCCUCAUCUAAUUGGGCCGGUGUCCACACUGGAGGAGAUGGACAUCAAGGUGCUGGAGUUCCAAAAUAAAAAGCUCGCCCAGCGCAUUGAGCAACGGAUGCGAUCAGAGGCAGAGCUGCGACAUCGCAUAGAACAGCUGGAGAAGAGGCAAACGCAGGACGACGCCGUUCUAAACGUGGUCAAUCGGUAUUGGAAUCAGUUGAACGAGGACAUCCGUGUUCUGCUGCAGCGAUUCGAUGCCGAAACGGCCGACGAACUGGAGAACCGGAAUGAAAACGAGGUCACUACCUCGUUCCUCGCCCAACUGUCCACCUGGGACAAGGAGGAGCUGGACGAAAAGCUGGCUAAUCGCGUCCAAGUGUCCAAGAGGGCGGUGGCCAAGAUCGUACAGGUUAUUGAUAGGUUAAUGCAACGCAAUGAAAAAAUUACUCAUGUAUUGAAAGGUGAUAGUCUGGCUUCAGCUGGAUCGGGCGCCGGCGACGAGGAGCAGCAAUCCGGUGCCGAUGCGGAAGCCACUCCAUCCGCGGCCGGAGUCCAUGCUUUGGAAGAAACUCUGAAGCAAACGCAUAUCGAGAUAAUGAGCGAGAACCACAAACUGCAGAAUCUGAACACCUCUCUGCACGAGAAGUUCCACACUAUGUCGCUGAAAAUGAAGGAGUACCAGGACGCCCACACCGCCAAGGAAACCGAGAACGCCGAGCUGAAGAACCAGAUCGACGAGCUGCAAUACGACCUGGAGAAAAUCCAUUGCCGGAAUGAUAAGCUGGAGAACCACCUGGCGGAGGCCAUUGAGAAACUAAAGGCCUACCACCAGAUCUACGGCGAUCCCAAUAAGAGCACUAAUAGUGCCAAGACACCCACUACUACGGGCACUGGCAGCGCCACCACCAGCGUUAAUAGCCAGCUCUUAGAAGAGUUGCAAAAGGAGCUGGAGGAGUACCGCGAGUUAGCCAACAACCGACUGCAAGAGCUAGAUAAGCUCCAUGCCACACAUCGCGAAACCCUCAAGGAGGUCGAGAAGCUCAAAAUGGAUAUACGACAGCUACCCGAAUCUGUAAUUGUGGAGACAACGGAGUACAAGUGCCUGCAGAGCCAGUUUUCCGUGCUCUACAACGAGUCCAUGCAGAUUAAGACUAUGUUGGAUGAAACCCGUAACCAGCUGCAGACGAGCAAGAACCAGCACCUGCGACAGAUCGAGGUAAUGGAGAGCGAGGAGCUUAUUGCCCAAAAGAAGGUUCGCAGUGAGAUGAUUCAGAUGGAGGACGUGCUGGCUCUUAUCCGAAAAGAGUACGAGGCUCUGCGAAUCGAGUUCGAACAAAAUAUGGCGGCUAACGAGCAGACGGCACCCAUCAAUCGCGAGAUGCGUCAUCUGAUCACCUCUCUGCAAAACCAUAAUGGCCAGCUGAAGGGUGAAGUGCAGCGUUACAAGCGAAAGUACAAGGACACAUCCACAGACAACUUAAAGCUACGCAAGGAACUGGACGAGGCUUUAGCCACGCUUGAAGGCAAUAAGAUGCAGGCGGCGACAGGUGCCGCAGGCGAAGAUAUUAAGCAGGAGAACUCUACUAAUGUCAAGGAGGAGAACUCUAAUAACGCUUCAGCCUGUAGCCAAUCAAACCAAACUAACUCUGGAAACGAUACCAACUCAAUCAUUAAGGAGGAGAAUCACACUUCGACCGAAGAUGAUGCUGAUGACGAUGCCAGUGGAAAGGAUGUCAAAGACGGCAUCAAACAGGAAAAACAGAGUUGUGGGGAUGCGUCGGCAUCCGAAAAGAAAGAUUCCCCUGGACCUGGAAACUCCACGACUUCUGCUACAAAUUCCAUUCCGGUUAAAGCCGAAAAGGAUUCCAAGGAUGGUGUAAAAGGCAAGGAUGUCAAAGCAGUAGAAAGCGAAACGGUGCGGGAUCUGAAGGCGCAAUUAAAAAAAGCGCUGAACGACCAAAAGGAAAUGAAGUUGCUACUAGACAUGUACAAAGGCGUCUCGAAGGAUCAGCGUGACAAGGUCCAGCUGAUGGCCACCGAGAAAAAGUUGCGUUCUGAAAUCGAAGAGCUGCGUCAACAGUUAAAGAAGCUGCAGGAGAGCAAGCGCGAGGAACGGAAGAAACUGGCUGAUGAGGAGGCGUUACGGAAGAUAAAGCAAUUAGAGGAGCAGAAGUAUGAGCUGCAAAAGCAGAUGGCCAACCACAAGCCCUCGGAUAAUUCGUGGGGUAGUGGUGCACCUGGCACAGCCAACUAUACGCGACCCUUUGUUGGCUCCCAUGAAGAAGAGGCGUUGCUCAACGAGAUGGAGGUGACUGGGCAGGCCUUCGAAGACAUGCAGGAGCAGAACUCACGGCUUAUACAGCAGCUGCGCGAAAAGGAUGAUGCCAACUUCAAGCUUAUGUCGGAGCGCAUUAAGGCCAACCAGCUGCACAAGCUUUUGCGAGAGGAGAAGACUGUGCUGGAAGAUCAGAUGGCGACGGCAACCACCCAGAUCGAGGCUAUGCACAUCGUUCUUCGAAAGCUUGAGGAAAAGGAGCGCAGUCUACAGGCCACCGUUGCGUCCAUUGAGAAGGAGUUGAUGCUCCGCCAGCAGGCCAUGGAAAUGCACAAACGCAAGGCGAUCGAAUCGGCGCAGUCGGCUGCUGACCUAAAGCUGCAUCUCGAAAAGUAUCACGCGCAAAUGAAGGAGGCCCAACAGGUAGUUGCCGAGAAGACCAGCUCGCUGGAGGCAGAGGCCUAUAAGACCAAACGGCUGCAGGAGGAGCUGGCGCAGUUUAAACGCAAGGCGGAACGCAUGAAGAAGAUGGAAAUGUCAGGCACCACAAUCGACGAGGUGAUGAUCGAGGAGAUUCGUGAGUAUAAGGAAACGCUCACAUGUCCCUCGUGCAAGGUGAAACGGAAGGAUGCGGUGCUGUCAAAGUGUUUCCACGUCUUCUGCUACGACUGCCUGCGAACACGGUAUGAAACGCGGCAGCGGAAGUGUCCCAAAUGCAACUGCGCUUUUGGCGCCAACGAUUAUCAUAGGCUAUAUCUGCAGUAGAUAAGCGAUAAACCCCGUAACGAUAAUUUAGAUACGUUCCGGUUAUGUCCUAUUCACACAAAAAACACACACCACUCCCAUACACCCAAGCAGAGACAGUCGCACACAUUCAUGCCGGAUUAUUCAUUAUGCAUAUAUUACCUACGUACUAAUAUUUGGUUAAGUAGUCUCCGAAUAACUCCCCCCAGAUUCCCCAUGGCAAUUAUUUGAAUUUGUUCAUUCUUGCGUCAAGCAAAAGCAUCUCAUUAUGAGUGCCGCGAGACCAUGUCGCGGUUUUUUAUGUAGCUUCUAGUUUUUGUAAAUCAAACUCUAUUUCUAAAUGAUUUAAUUUGAAAACUAAUUGUACGAUCACUAAUAAAUGGCUAAAAUCUA